UUAUCAGAGAACCAUGAGCACUGUGGAGGAGGAGCCGGACCACAUGAUACCAUGAAGAGAAGCCUGCAGGUCCUGAGUGUUCUGCUGAUUCUGUCUGUGCCAGUUGGGCUGGUGUUCUCCACAGAGGAGCUUCAACCCAGCCAAACCCCUCGGGAUUUUGUCUCGAUGUCAACGAGCAGCAGAACCCUCGCCACCCUCUCACCGGGACCCUUGAGCUGGCAGGAGGGUUCCAGGACUGGGGAUCUGCACAUUCAGUCACUGGCCUCUCUAGAAGCCAUCAGUAGACCCACUACUGUCCACUCAUUACAGACACCGAAGAACACUGUACCAUCUGCCAUAAUUCAAACAACAACAGUAGAGGUGCAUCCUUUUGGUUCCAGGGAUCAGGCAAUACCUAGAGUCCCUCUUCCAGAAGCAGAAGCACCCCAACUGACCUCUAGAAGUAUGGUCAAUAGAACAAGCUCUGGGUUUUUCACCACUAAAACCCAAGACCAGAACUUUAGCACUAAUACCGACAAGCCAAGUACAAUCAGUAUAAAGCCAGUGAACCAAGCCACAAAUUCUGGCUCGGGUCAUUCUUUUCUCUCAGGAACUGAAAGUGAUGUGGCCCCUGGUGCCGAGGAUAUUUCGGGGACCACAGAUACUGGAGAGAUGAAGGUGAAGGAGCCCAUUCAACAUCCACCAUCACCUUCAUUGUCUUCAAACUUCAAAACCCACAAAGGGCAGAACACGGAUAAGGAGGCUUCGCACCACACCAUUACAUCGCGUGAUGUGUCUUCAACGGAGAAUCCCACUCUCCCAUUGGAAACGGUGGGAAGAGCUUUGGCACAAACUGGCAUCCAGUCUCCUCCCCCAGCUCUAGCCCUGCCCUCUAACCAUGUUACAACAUCCAAUCUCACUUCUUUAGCGGAGAGCGGAAACUUUGUGGACAUCCAAGGUGAUGGAACCACCAAUAUGACAAUUGAUUCUAUUGUCUCUUUAAAUGAUGCCACAGAUGUUAUCAACAGCACUGACGCCUCAUGGCCUGCAGCAAAUGAUUCGAACAUCUCAGAGGCACCCUCCACAGCUAGCGGGAGCUUCAUGAACAGGCAGGUCCCAGCCACCACGCAAGGCCCAUGGGGGUCUGGGAACCAGUCGGGUCCUGCACUGGGUCCUCCUCACGAAAAAAACACCAUCUGCCUGGACAAAAUGGACAUUGUGUGGUUGGUUCUUGCCAUAAGCGUGCCUGUCUCCUCAUGCUCCGUGCUGCUUACCGUAUGCUGUAUGAGGAAAAAGAAGAAGUCUGCAACUCAGGAGAACAACUUGAGCUACUGGAAUGAUGCCAUCACCAUGGAUUACUUCACCCGCCAUGCUGUGGAGCUCCCACGUGAGAUACAAUCACUGGAGACUGAGGAACAAGAGACGUGUCUGCCCCCUAAUGGUGACUACAGCGACAGCGGCGUGGUUCUGGUUAACCCCUUUUGCCAAGAGACUCUCUUUAUCAACAGAGACAAGGCUUCUGAUAUCUAAACACACUAUAUUAAAAGGAGACAAAAUCCUUGAGGAUUUUCCAGUCCCUUUUAUUUGCUCGCAUUUUUUAAGAAUAUAUAUAUAUAUAUAAAUAAAUAUAUAUA